AACCGAUCCAGUCGAUGCAGAAAAAAACAGGCCGAAACAGGAAUUUUUUUGAUCAGAGGAGUGAGACUUUGUACGAAAAGACGACUAGCCGGUGGAGAUCGUUGUAGGCUGAACGCCGAUAAAAUAUUCAAAAUCUCUCAAUCUCCGAAUUUCUUCAGGUCUUUGCGGCAAAGAGGAAAAACAACGCCUGAAUUUAUUACUCCCGACCCGAGACUGUCCUGGAAAGGACAACGUUCUCUGUCUGCAAAUCGAGGCUCUUUUCGAAGAUUUUCAACGCGGAAACUACGUUGGCAAGGCGCCGCUGGUCGGGAGUGGGGGCUGAGUUGGUUCAUCUGCUGAUCGCCGCCGCCGCGGCAACCAGUCAGUUCAAGGAUGGUUGUGGUGUUGCCAGGAGGCCCUUUGCGGCCCGAAGAACUGCCCUCGGACUCGAGGACGCUCUUCAUGAACCACCCCAGCUACAAAGAUUCGGCGUCGCAGUUGCUGGCCAUCCCGACCAAGGUUGUCGGCCACAUGGGCCUGCUGUACGUCCAGCAGAGGGAAUUCGCCAUCACAGUUCCUCAUGACAAAAACGUCACCAUAAUGGGCUCAGAUGACGCGACUACGUGCAUCAUUGUUGUUCUCCGACACACAGGAUCCGGUGCCGUGGGCAUCGCACAUCUCGACGGCUCCGGCAUGGACGAGUGUGUCAUCACGAUGAUCCAGAGAAUACAGGAGCUCUCGAUGGGCUACGUCGAAGGCCGAAUUGAAUUGCAACUCAUCGGCGGAUAUUCAGACCCGAGGAACUACAGCGAUGCGAUUUUCUACAAUCUGAUGCAGGCUUUUCAAAAACACCCUGUUGAGGUAGAUUUGACUUUGUGUUGUGUCGGCGAGCUGAACACAACAAUUCGCGGAGGAAUUCAUUGGCCCAUCAUCUAUGGAAUUGGAGUCCACACAAAAACUGGUGAAAUAUUCCCUGCCACUUUUGCCGACAAAGGCCCGGAGCAGUCGUUGCGAAGUGCCCGACAGUUCACUGGAGGCCGACAGCCCAUACAGGUUCUGGACAUUUACGACAGCAACCUGGGCAUGCUGCGGAUAGGUCCGUUCAACUACGAGCCCCUCCGAGGUGCCGAACUCUGGCUGCAGCAAAGCGACGACUUCAUUCUGCAACAUUUGUCCACCUCGCCAGACGUAGAGCCGCAACACUAUGUGAUGCAAGUAAGAGCCACUCUGAGGCACAUUAUGGAAAAUCCAUUCCCGGCCGUGACGAUAUUCCCGGACAACCGGCCCCACUACUACCGCAGAGAUGAACACGGCAAUUGGAUGCAUGUUCGGUACUGAAAAUGUAUCGUUUUUAAUUUGAGUUUUCAUUUCUGAGAACAAAAAUCAAAUUGCAAAGAGAGCAAAAAGGUAACAUAUAAAUCCAAAACAAGUCGCCUUGAAUGUUGAAAAAUCAAUGUUAAUUUUAUUCCUUGUUUUGGUCUUGCAUUUUAAGAUUGUGUGAGUGGGCAAUCACACCCCGAUUGUGAUUGAGUCUUAUUUGGGGUGUCUCUGAGAGGAACCCUGUUUACUUUUUUUAUGAGAUUGGAACAAUUGUACAGAAAUUUCCUUUACCCGCGGGUGAUAUUUUAAUUAUAGUACUUGAUCAAAGUGGAGGAGAUUUGACUCAAAUCUGCUCAAUAAGGGAAUAAUUAUAGCUCUCUUAUUCCGAACAUGCCCUACUUAAAAUUUUCAAUCAAGAAUCAGGCAAUCAAAAUUUAGCCAAGGACUAACAGUGUAUACUCAUUAAUUCUCGAAUUGUGAAUGGGGAAGCCUUUAAUAGAGUUGGGCCAUAAUUUAUCAACAUGAUUAUAGUCAAUCAAGGAUUAUUAUCAACUUCACAUUCGUAUACAUAGGCAUAUAUUUUGUUAAUAAUGCAAAGCUGUAUAAAGCCCAGUGAACUUAUUGUAUCAUGUACACAAAAUAACUGUAACUUUAUAUUAAGCUGGCCAUUUUAUGUUUAAAACCUAUAACAACAAGCCAUGUGCAAUUGCAAAAUGAAACGUGUUGGUUGUGGUUGCAUAAGCUAAGAGACGACUGACUUUUGUUAUGCAAAUUAGCAAGUGCACAAAAUCAAAGUUAGUUUUUCCGUAUGAAAAAGAGCAGUUGUUGCUUCAAGUUUUGUGCCAAAUUCUAAUUUCAGGCUAUCAGACAGAAAGAAAAUUUACUGUAAAUUAAGUUGAAUUAAGUGAUUUGUUAUAGAGAGUAUUUUAUAAACAAAUUUUAUUUGAUCGUUCUCUGCAUCACAAAAUAUUGUGCCAGUUAUGUCAUUAUAUAGUGCGAAGGAGAAUUUGCGCGUUGUAAAAUAACUCUGUGAAUUAUUAAUUAAAGACGUUAACAAUAGCA